CCUGCUCUACAUAUAUGAAUUUUAAUACAUCAGAAAACCAAAGAAUCAAAUACCUAUAGAUUUCAAACCAUGUCAGUAUGCAGAAGACUUGUGUUGGUCAUUAGGAAUACAUUGUAAUAAUUAUUUUACCAUCCUGGGCACACUAGUUGCUGCACACUUUCUCUUCUUUUGUUAUUUAUUUAACUUUAAUGACUUCAACAGGUACUAAAUCAGGUAUCAGACGAAACGGCCUCAGGCAGAAAGGCUUCAGAUGAUUUUCCGCGUAACCCCGCCCCUUAGCGUGACGUCACUUCCGUAAACUUCUAGCCAGAACUUAUUACAGCACGGGGAGACUGCUAAAGAUGUAAGGAUGGAUAAGAUAAAAGAAUACGAAGAUUUAAAAAAACAACUUGAACGUGAUAAACUUACUCAAAAGGGCUUUGAUGCCAGAGUGAAACAUUUGCUGAGUGAAGAGGAGUCGCACAGUGGAAGAGAGACAAAAGAAAAAAACGAGAAGGCAUUUAUGGAUGCAGCACAAAUAUUUACAAAGGCAAAACAAUUCAUCAAACCACAGGUGAAAAAAUGUCAGUUUCCCCUUCGCCAAAAAGAAAAGUCCUUAUUAAAGAUAAAACUGAGUCCCAUGGAGUGGAAACCACGAACAUCCAAAAAACCUGGGAGGUACCAAAAACUAAUGCUUGAGGAGGCCCCACCAAGGAUCUUAGUCACAGGCAACGAGGGUUAUGAUGAACUCAUCAAUAUUGCUCAGGAGGCGUUCUGGACGGCAGAAGAAAGAGAGGGAAGUACAUUUACUCUCUGUCAUACAGAUGGCACGAGGUGGACAAAGGAGCAGUUUAACCAAGAAUAUGGAUCUGUUUCGGAGAUCCCAACCCUUUGGAAGAGGACAUUUUUUAUUGGACGUAGAGAAAUGGGUAUAGUAGAAAAUGUUUUCUCUACCAAGGCAGAUAAUAUUUGUAGUCACAACACAGUAUGUAAGUUCCCAAAAGAUCAUAAUGUCUAAUUUAUGAUCUUAUUGGAACUUACAUAUUGUGUUGUGUCUACAGAGAUUAUCUGCCUUGGUGAAACCAGUUCACCAUCAGGUAUGUACCAAAAUGUUUGUGGUAGUCCAGUGACAAAAUUAUGUUUUUAUUGUUGUUAUUAUUUUUUAAUGUGUAAAUUAAUAUUUUUAAAUUAAUUAUUAAUUGCUUCUUUUUUCAAGAAAUUAGCAAAGUUGAAGUGGACUCUGAUAUGGAUUUCCAGCCUAAGAGAUCCAGGUGUACAGGGAAAUCCUUAGGUUCAGGUAAAAGUGCUGAUGGUGGUCCAGAUCCAGGUUCAGAGAGAUCUUUGAAUGGAGGCACAGAAACAAGCACACACACUGAUCCGAAAUCAGAUCCACCUACAGAUCAGAGUGCAAAGGAGUCUACAAAACCAGAACAUGAAGCAGAGAGGUGUGUGGAAGGAGGAAUAUCAGGAUCUGAAGUCAAAGGUGUUUGCCCACAGAAUGAGGUGUUUUAUGUAUCAUCUAAUGUUGUCACCAUCUUACCAUCAUGUAAGUAAUUCAA